AUGUCAUUUAGAAAAAGAGGGGAGAUUGUUGGAGGUGCAAGAGGUCCUGCACCUCAAAGAGGUCCCAUUCCAUCAAUUGCAGGUCGUCAAUCUUCAGUGCCAGGCAGAUCUCAACCAAAUGUUUCCCCUACGUCAUCAAUAUCAUCUUUCAAAAAAGCUACAAAUAAACAAGAAUCUCCACGAGAAAUAGACAUUUCUUCAUUGAUUAUGCAAAAUCCUGGAAUACGACCUUCUUUAAUUACAUCUCAACCAACUGCAUCUACUGGAAGUUCUGAUUUAGAUAAAAUUUUAUUACAUCAAGGUUUACCAUUAGGAUGUUCAUUAUUAAUAGAAGAAUCAGGAACAACUGAUUUUUCUUCAGUACUACUAAGAGCAUUUGCAUCUCAAGGUAUAAUACAAAAUCGAUUAGAAAAUAAUGUAUAUAAUUCUCAUAUAAUAGUAUUGGGGAUGUCACCUCAUUGGUCAAAUGAUCUACCUGGGUUAUAUAAAGGAUCAUCUAAAGAUCAAAAAAAAGCUAAAAUUGCAGAAAACGAAUCUAAAGUUAGUGUAUCAAAUAUUGCAAAUAGCAGUUCUGAUGGUGGAAGAGAUUCUAAAAUGAAGAUUGCAUGGAGAUAUGGCUUAAAUAAAAAAGAUGAAGAUAAAAAUGAAAUCAACAAUGGAAAUAACUAUGAAAAUUAUAAUCAUCAAUUUGAUCUUACUCAAAAAUUACAACCUGGACCAAACCCUAAUGAUAUUUCUUAUGUUCCAUUAACAAAUACUCCACAAAGUAUUAUAUCUCAAAUAAAUAAAAUAAUUCAAGAUCAAUUAAGAUCAAAUCCAUUAAAAAUUAUUAGAUUAAUUAUACCUGGAUUUUUAAAUCCUUCAAUAUAUCAUCCAUUAUUUACACAAUCAACAUUUGUUUUCCCAUUAGUUCAUUCAUUUAGAUCAUUAUUACGUCAAUAUAAUAAUAAUUUAGUACUAAUAAGUUCAAUUUCAUUAGAUUUAUAUCCAAAUACAUCAAAUUUAAUAUCAAUAUUUCAAAAUUUAUUUGAUUCAAUAAUUCAUUUACAACCAUUUAAUCAAGAAAUGAGUCAAUUGAUUGAAAAAGCUUAUAAAAAUGAACCUUCUAAAAUUCAACAAGGUUUAAUUAAUAUUAUAAAAAUCCCCGUACUUUCUGAAAAGGGAUUAAUGAUGAUUCAUAAUGGUGAAUAUGCUUUUAAAAAUGGUAAAAAGAAAUUUGAAAUUGAAGAAUGGGGAAUUCCUGUUGAAGAUGAUUCAAAUGAUAAGAAUAAUAAUACACCAGAAGGUGGUAAAACAACAAAAGAUAUCGAAUUUUAA